UCGUCUGAUAUCUCUCAUGCCAGGUCCAUAAGGAUCCCCACAGCGUUCGUCACCAAUCACCCUGACGGAAAGAUGGCGAACAAGGACGGAGAGCCGAUGCCAUCGCCUGGCUCGGAUGUCGCGCUUCCGACCACCAAGACACCCGACAGUUCAUUCCAAUCAUCAGCUGCAGAGGCGGUCAGAGGGGAAGCAGCGGGAGAGGAUACAGAGCAGGAGCACGAGCCACCAUCAGAGACACCGUCAGCUGCACCCACGGAAGAUAAGUCUUCUCGCACUUCCCUAGACACCUCAGUACAAGACCGGGACACCUCCCCCGAGCGAACACCCAUCGCAACAACAGCUCCUACCCGCUUGCAACCCCCACACCACACCCAUCGCGACCUCGCAGAACCAGCAACCUCGGAAGCAGCCCAAGUCGACUGUCCAGACACCCCCUGCUCCAGCUCGACCCACUCCGUACCAGACAGCACAGCCGGUCUCGACUCGCCCAUGCCCCCCAGCAGCACCGCACCCUCCUCCACCCGGACGUCGCUCACAGACACGGCCCCCGCCGCCUGGUCCCUAUCCUCGAAACCAGCCGGGAUCCUACGCUCGGCGACGCUCCCGCGGAGCGCUAGCAGCACGAGCAUCAGCGCGGUGACCUUCGCGCCGCUGCCGCCGACCGAGCCGCGCCGGCGGGCGUCGCACAUGCAGCUCGGCGUCGCGGCGCGCUCGCGCAUGUUGCGCGCGCGCCGCAUGCGCUUCGUCGACCCCGAGACCGGCGAGGCGUACGUCCGGAUCGUCGACGCCGCCGUCGCCGAUCAGCUGCCGCCGCACGCGCGCUACGUCUGCCAGGGCGAGGACGUCACCGCCGCCGGUGGCGCCAUCGAGGGCGACCACCCGUACCGUGCCGUGCGUUGCCCGCCGCGCCGCAGCGGCAGCGGCGGGUUCUGGAGCGCGACGGACGGGAUGACGACGCCUGAGGAGGACGCGCUGCCGGACGAGGACGCGUUCGUCGCGCUCGGGAAGAUGGUCAAGGGUGGGGCCAAGUUCCUCUGGCGCAAGGUGUCGAAGAGCCAGAAGGGGCGCGACGGCGCGGCGGCGGGCGAGGAGGAUGCGAGUGAGGGAGAGGAGGGCGUGGCGGAGACGGACAAGGCGCAUCCGCCGCAGGGCGAGCCCACGAGCACGGGUGCGCCGGCGAGCGCGAACGCGGCACAGGACGUCAAGGAGGAGGAGAGGGAGGAAGAGGAGGGAAAGAAAGGUGCGCUCCGUAUCGAGUUCAAGGAACCGCGGCACUGCUUCGAGGUCACGACGUCCGCACCGCUGCAGGAGGUGCCUGCAGAGAAGGCGACUCCGGCACCGGCACGCAGAGGCGCCGGCGGUAAGGCCGGGCGCGUCUGGGAGGAGGCCGUCGACGAGGACGUCACCAAGCGCUUCGAGGCCGUGGCCCGCGCGGAGAAGGAGAAGGAGCGCGGGCGGGGAAAGCUCGUCGCCAUGCUCGCGGCGCGUACGCCGGUGAAGGUCAGCAAGAGGAAAGAGAGCAAGGAGACGCUGAACAAGCAAGACAAGUCGCUAUGAGCCCACCAUAUCCUCCACGCUGUGCCUGGCCCGCAUACAUCUCUCCGUUAUCUAUUGGUCUCCCGCCGACGCGCACGGCAGGGAACGCCUCGACUGCAGUCCGUUAAACAUAUGCAAGGAACCCUUACUCGCACCUGCCCCGUCAAGAAUGCGCACAUACAAUACAGCCAUAUACCUACAGCACAUUUGUCAAUCGCAGGAACAGUUAUGGAACUCAAGUAGUAAUUGACCGCUCUGCAAGCCUAUCCUUAUUGACCUCGCCGUCCUGCACCCGUAGUCUGGUCACCCCCAUCUCGCGCCUUUUCUACUACACUCGUCGUACUUCCAUUCUGCGUCUUGCUUUCAAAUCUAUCCGCGUUCGCCCUUCUGUUGUAUAUACCAGUCGCUACCCCGCUUCGCCUUUUGUUUUCGUCUCCUGUACUGCCGAAUGGCCCAUUCAUCAGAAUAUCUUCGCUCUUUCUUUACCCGUAGUACCCACAUGGCAAGUUAAAUAUUUGGGAUGUACACGUCGACUUUACCCGUGCGGGAUGUCGAAAAAAGAAAAAAGAAACUCUGGCGUGGCGGCUGUCCCG